AUGUUAGGCUUUAGGAAGAAAUCCGAUAGCGACGCUUCUGCUGAGGCUCGUCAUAACAAUGAGAUCCAAGAUGAUAUCCCUCAACGACCUUGGAUGGAGACUGCUCUUCCAGUAUUCGCUUGCGGUGCUGGUCUUUUCUCAGAUGGUUACAUCAACAACGUCAUCGGUUCCGUUAAUACCACGUUGAGGCGACAAUAUGGCGAUAUCUACGUCAAAUCGAAUGCCUUCAAAUACGUCUCCGAUAUUGCCUUUGUAGGCACCGUCGUUGGUCAACUAGUGUUCGGUUUCCUUGCAGAUCAUUGGUCACGAACCAAUACGCUCAUGGUGUCUACUGUUAUUCUUAUUAUCUUUACUGCCUUGGCUGCUGGAUCCUACUGGCAUGGUGAACCCGUUGGAAUGUUCAACAUGUUGACUGCCUGGCGAUUCUUUGUUGGUAUCGGCAUAGGAGGUGAAUAUCCAGCAGGUAGUGUUGGUUGCGCAGAGUCCAGUGGUCAAAUGAAGAAAGGCACACGAAAUCGAUGGUUCAUCCUCUUCACCAAUUCAAUGAUCGACUUCGGCUUUGUCAUCGGUGCUUUCGUUCCUUACGUCGUUGCCGCCGCCGCUCACAACGCCAACUAUGGUACCAUUUGGAGAACCAGUCUUGGCAUUGGUGUUGUCUUUCCUCUUAUCCUAUUCGUCCUGCGAUUAAGACUCAAAGAGCCUGAAGAAUUCGCCAAGCAAUCCAUGAGACGCCAAACACCAUACUCGUUGGUUCUGCGUUACUACUGGUUUAGACUUUUCGCUGUCAGCCUUGUCUGGUUCCUCUACAACUUCUCAUCCUACGCUUUCGGUAUCUACUCUUCGUCCAUUCUAUCAGGCAUCUAUGGUGAUAACGCACCUCUCACCACAGUCUUUGGCUGGAACACCGUCGUCAACAUGUUCUAUCUACCAGGUACCUUGAUUGGUGCCUUCGUCAGUGACUGGAUCGGCCCUCGAUACACUCUCAUGCUCGGUGUUACGCUCCAAGCCAUCGUCGGAUUCAUCAUGGCUGGUGUCUAUGACAAGAUCUCAAGCCAAAUCGCUGCUUUUGCCGUAGUGUUUGGUAUCUUCCAAGCCCUCGGUGAGCUAGGUCCCGGAAACAAUAUCGGUCUUCUCGCAGCCAAGACAUGCGCUACUGGAGUCCGAGGUCGAUACUACGGCAUUGCUGCCGCGGUUGGAAAGAUCGGCGCGUUUGUUGGCACAUAUGUCUUUCCAUACAUUCAGGCCGCUGGUGGUAACGAGACCCAAAGCGCUCAAUAUCCUUUCUGGGUAUCUUCCAGUCUUUGUAUUCUCUCGGCUCUUAUAGUGUUUUUCUGCAUUCCUCAUAUCGGUCAGGAUACUAUCACCCUCGAAGAUCAAAAGUUCCGCGAGUAUCUCCAGAGCCAAGGUUGGGACACGGCUCAGUUGGGCCUUGAUACAGCUGGUGUUGAAGGAGGAGCAGCGAGUGACUCGAAGACUGACGAGAAGAUUGUUCAAUGA